AGACGAUAUAAUUCAAGCCACGCACCCUUUGUUCAUGUAGGUCCAAUCACUUCAAUCGAAAGCUUUUCGAUAGCAUCAAGUGUUCCAUUGCAUUGUGAAUUGACGCGGCUCCUCCAUUCAGUGGAAAGAGCCCUUCAAGAGGCCGCCUGAGCAGGGAACAUAGUCCAAGACGAAUAGCUUGAACGCUAUCAGCCAGGAUGCUUGAAGCACUAUCUCCCACCACGCUCUCAUUCCUCUUCCUUGCAUUGGCCUAUUUCCUGAUCAGGUUCCUGAAUUCCACCGACCAACCGAAGAUCAAGGGUCUGCCUGAAGUCCCCGGGGUUCCGCUCUUCGGCAACCUCCUGCAACUCGGCGAGGACCAUGCUCGAGUGACUGCCGCUUGGGCAAAAAAGUACGGCUGGCCCGUUUUCCAGACUCGGCUGGGCAAUCGACGUAUUAUAUGGGCGAAUACCUUUGACUCGGUUAAACACUUCUGGAUUAACAACCAAUCGUCCUUGAUCUCACGGCCAACUUUGUAUACCUUCCACAGUGUUGUGUCGAGUAGCCAGGGCUUCACCAUUGGCACCUCGCCAUGGGACGAGUCGUGCAAGAAACGCCGCAAGGUGGCGGCCACGGCUCUGAACAGGCCCGCCGUGCAGAGUUAUAUGCCUUUCAUUGACCUCGAGAGCUGUGUGGCGAUCAAGGAUAUGUACAAGGACUGCAUGGACGGGACGGUCGACCUGGAUCCCCGAAAGUACUUCCACCGGUUUGCGUUGAACACCAGUCUCACAUUGAAUUAUGGUAUCCGUAUUGAUGGCGGUAUUGACCAGGAACUAUUGAGAGAAGUCGUGCACGUUGAGCGAGUUGUGUCCAACUUCCGCAGCACGUCUAACAACUGGCAAGACUAUAUUCCUCUCCUUCGACUACCCUUCAUCUCUCGACAGAAUAAAUCGGCGGCCGAGUACCGAGCACGCCGGGACAAGUAUCUCACCACUUUCCUCGAUAUGCUCAAGGACCGCAUCGCCAAGGGCACAGACAGGCCCUGCAUCACUGGCAAUAUCAUCAAGGACCCCGAGGAGACGCUCAACGAUGCGGAAUUGAAGUCGAUCUGUCUGACCAUGGUCUCAGCUGGUAUUGAUACCGUGCCCGGCAACAUGAUCAUGGGGCUGGGGUAUCUUGCUUCACCCGAAGGUCAGCACAUCCAGCAGAAGGCAUACGACGAGGUCAUGAAAGUGUAUCCCAACGAUGGCGAGGCAUGGGAGAAGUGUCUGGUGGAAGAAAAGGUUCCCUAUAUCACGGCUUUGACGAAGGAGAUUCUCCGCUUCUGGACCGUCAUUCCGGUCUGCCUGCCGCGAACCAGCAUCAAGGACAUCAAGUACAACGACGCCGUCAUACCGGCCGGUUCUGUCUUCUACAUGAACGCCUGGGCGGCAGACUACGACGAAACACAUUUCAAGGACCCCACCAAGUUCUUGCCGGAGCGGUACCUGGACGAUCAGGAGGGCAGUGGCACGCCGCACUAUGGCUACGGUGCGGGCAGCCGUAUGUGUGUUGGCUCACAUCUCGCGAAUCGAGAGAUCUACACUGCGUUUUUGAGGAUGAUUGUGGCCUUUGAGUUUGUGCCGGCCAAGGACAAGAAGGACUGGCCCAUCCUCGAUGCGCUGGAGUGCAACUCCAUCCCGACGGCCUUGACCACGGAGCCCAAGCCCUUCAAGGUGGGCUUCAGGAUCAGGAACAAGGCGGCUUUGGACGCCUGGAUUCGUGCGAGUGAGGACAGAACAAAGGACUUGUAAUGAAGGACUGCAUGGCUUUGGUGUUGAAGUGGAAUGGGCAAGCACCUAGGAAGAUCUUCUAAUUCGAAGACGAGCGCUGGACUUUUGGUUUUUCAGCGUCACGAACAGGAGGCUGGGGAUUGAUCGGUUGCUUGCUUCUUUGUGUGUGAACACCGUAGCGGUUUGAGGAGCUUGUUUCUGCCUUACCACAGAUCUUCAUCGUUCCCUUCACGUUGAGUGGAUGAACCAAACAAACCUUCGGUUAGAGCAAUGAGUGACUCUUCACGAAAGGGAAGAGGGUCAAAUUUUGCGCACAAACCUGAGGACCUCAACUAUGUAUAUUAUUGAGCAUUUCAUCAAUUCCCUCUUGCGAUGUAAA